UUUGAAGAAAUACCCUCUCCAACUAUAGUAUAUAUACCCGCCUUUGAAGAAGGGUAGACAUCAGUACGUUUUAAUCUCAAAAUAGAAAUGAAGCCUUUUCUGAUUGGAACGAUAGUUUUAGCAGUCGCCGCAGUAGCCACAUGCGGCGAGGCUACAAAAAAAAAGAAUGAAAAGCGAGGCAUUUUUUCCAGCGAUAUCGGAAGCGGUUACGGAGGCGGUCAUGGGGGUGGCAUAGCACUUGAACUUGAUGGAGGGCAUGGCUUAGGGGGCGGAAGUUUAGGAGGACAUGGAGGUAGUAUCAGUCUGGGCGGUGGUUACGGAGGAGGCUAUGAAGGUGGACUUGGAGGAGGAUUAGGAUUAGGGGGAGGAUUAGGUGGAGGAGGAGGUGGUGGUGCUACUGUUACUACCAUAAACAGAGCAGUACCUGUUCCUGUACCUCAACCUUAUCCAGUUACUGUCAAUAGACCAGUUCCAGUUCCAGUACCACAACCUGUCGAAGUUCCAGUCCCCAGACCAGUUCAAGUUCCAAUUCCAGUUGCUCAACCUGUUGAAGUUCCCAGACCGUACCCUGUUGUAGUAAAUCGUCCAGUACCUGUAGCCGUUCCAACUCCAGUACGUGUACCAGUUCCACAACGCGUCGCUGUUCCAGUACCACAACCUUAUCCAGUUACAGUACCACAACCUGUUCCAGUUAGAGUACCCCAAACUAUUGUAGUACCAGUUGCUCAACCCAUUGUUGUUGGAGGCGGUGGUGGCGGACUUGGAGGUGGACUCGGAGGCGGAUUGGGAGGAGGACACGGCCUCAUCAGUAGUGGUUUGGAACACGGAUCCCUUGGAGGAAGCUAUUCUCUUGGAGGACACGGUGAAAGCCUAGGAGGUAUUUCCUUGAGCAGUAGUCAUGGUUAUGGAGGUGUAUAUAGAGGAGGAUCUUCAAUCCCUAUUGGAAAAUCAAUUUCAUUUGGAUCUGGAGGGCACGGUGGUGGAGCUACGAGUUACUCCAGUGUUUCUCAUGGACAUUCCAAAUAUUAGAAAAGUACGAAACAGACUAAUAAAUGCGUAAACCAAUGAUUAAAAAAUGGUUUAAAUUAGUAUUUGACUAAUUGUGAUAAAAGAUUUUUAUAUUGUUAUAAUAUUAUGUAUAUAUUUUUUACAAAAAUUAAUUAAAUUAAUAAUUGUUUAACAAAA